AUGCAAGAGGAUCAGGCUUUAGCUGAACCAGAGCGUCGAGUUUCCCUAAGGGAGGAGACUAUAGUUCUGCGCUGGCUGUUUGGAUAUCUCGAUAAACGAAACUUACCUGGCUGGACGAAGCCUCUACGUUGGCCGCACACUCUCUCUACCUGGCUACCGAAAAAGCCAAAGACGCGUUUCAGAGAAGCAACACUUCUAGGCAUUGAUAUUGAUGGAAUCAAGGAGCAAGAUGGUAUGCCGGUACAAUUCCACAUUGGUAUCUCAAUCCUACAUACCACGGAUCUGCAUAACCUCUGCCACGAUCCUUUACCAUUUAAAGAAUCGCACGCAAAUAUUAUACGAUCGUUUCAUUGGGUUGUCCAAGAUCCCAAUUAUUUUAAUAAACACGAUAAUCGCUUCUGCUUUGGUAAAUACAAAUGCAUUCCGCUCUCCAGCCUUGAGGAGUGCUUGAAGAAGCUUCUUAGGCCACACUAUCCAUUAAUCCUUGUCGUCCACGGAAUCUCUCUCGAAAGGAUUGUUCUCCAAAAACUUAAUAUUAGGUUAAAUCCAAUCUUUACGAUUGAUACAACAAAGGCUGCUCGCUAUCCACUUCAGGAGUUACACGAUUCCACGCUUAAAAAGCUGCUCCAAGACUUUAACAUCCCUUUUACAGGCGGACUGCUUCACUUUGCAGGCAAUGACGCGCACUUUGCGCUCAGGGCUCUACUUAUGAUUGCUGUGCGCGAUGCACGGCGAGAGUUGGACGAUACUCCAGCGUGGGUAUCUGUAUUUGAGGCUGUUGCGCAGGCGCCGCUACCACCAAGGCCACUGACACGCCAAGAAAGGGUGGCGAUUCAAAGGCGGAAAAUGAAGGACCUUAAACAACUCGAGGAAAAAAGAGCCCGAGACUAG